UAUAGGGAAUUUAAAUUUGCAUGCACUAUGAUCUUCGCAAUAGAGGAAAUAAAUGAAAAUCCAAAUAUACUCCCAAACCACACGCUGGGUUAUGAAAUCUUUAAUGCCUGUGGAUUCUCUAAUAUUCUACAGUCUGCACUUUCACUGUCCAAUGGACAAGAUGACGUCAUUGAUGAAUUAAACUGCACCAAGGCUGAUACUGUUCAGGCUAUAAUAGGUCAUUCUGGAUCCACUCCAACCAUUGGGUUUGCUAGAAUAACUGGCCUAUUCCACAUGCCUGUGAUCAGUCAUUUUGCUACUUGUGCUUGCCUGAGCAACAGAAAAGAGUUUCCAUCUUUCUUCAGAACUAUUCCAAGUGAUUAUUACCAGAGCAGAGCACUGGCUCAGCUGGUGAAACAUUUUGGCUGGACAUGGGUGGGAGCCUUAAGCAAUGACAAUGAUUAUGGUAAAAAUGGCAUUGCCACAUUCAUUAAGGCUGCACAAGAGGAGGGAGUCUGCAUUGAAUACUCACAGGCUUUUGAAAGCACAGGAUCAAAAACGUCAUUAAAAAAUAUUGUAGACACUAUCAGAACAUCCACAUCUAAGGUAAUAAUGGCUUUCAUGUCACACAGAGAGAUUAAAAUACUGGUGGAUGAGCUAUACAGGCAAAACAUUACAGGACUGCAGUGGAUUGGAAGUGAUGCUUGGAUCACGGAUGACUCCCUAGCAGAUAGCCAAGGCCACACUUUGCUAAUUGGAUCUAUAGGAUUCACUGUCCGCAAUGCUCAAAUACCUGGACUAGGCCCUUUUCUACAAAAACUCAACCCCUCACAAUUUCCAAAAAGCAUGUUUCUCAAAGAAUUCUGGGAAAGCAUUUUUCAAUGCUCAUUGAGCCCAAAUGCAUUGCAAAGGGCAUGCAAUGGCUCAGAGCACUUGAAAUAUGUCAAACAUCAUUUUACUGAUGUGUCUGAUCUGAGAUAUGUCAAUAAUGUCUACAAUGCUGUCUAUGCAAUAGCUCAUGCACUGCAUAAUCUUUUGUCUUGCAAUCAUCAAAAAGGCCCAUUUGCUAAUGUCACCUGUGCCCAACCUACUACAAUACAACCCUGGCAGAUUUUACAUUAUAUGCAGACUGUGAAUUUCACCAUGAAUGGGGGAGAAACGGUCUUUUUCGAUAGCAAAGGUGACUCCCCUGCAAGAUAUGAAUUGGUAAACUUACAAAAUGUCACAAAAGGCACAACGGAAGUAGCGACUAUUGGCUACUAUGAUGCAAUUCAGCCUCGUGGGCAACAGUUUACUAUGAACAAUGUCAACAUCACCUGGGGAGGAGGACUAAGGACUGUGCCUGUGUCUGUGUGCAGUGAGAGUUGUCCCCUAGGCACUAGGAAAGCGGUGCAGAAAGGAAGGCCCAUCUGCUGUUUUGACUGUAUCCCAUGCCCUCCAGGAGAGAUAAGUAACACUUCAGAUGCAUCUGACUGUGCGAAGUGCCCUUUUGGAUACUGGUCCAAUAGCAGAGGUGAUGAGUGUAUCAUAAAGACAGUGGAAUUCCUGUCAUUCACCGAAAUCAUGGGUAUCAUUUUGAUGAUGCUUGGGUUACUUGGGGCAUUUCUAACUAUGUUCAUAUUUGCCAUUUUUUUUCACUACAAAGACACACCAAUAGUGAAAGCCAACAACUCAGAGUUGAGCUUCCUGCUGCUCUUCUCACUGACUCUGUGUUUCCUCUGUUCACUUACAUUCAUUGGUCGACCCACUGAGUGGUCCUGUAUGUUGCGUCACACAGCAUUUGGGAUCACUUUUGUCCUCUGUAUUUCUUGUGUUGUAGGGAAAACAAUAGUGGUGUUAAUGGCUUUUAAAGCUACACUUCCAGGAAGAAAUGUCAUGAAAUGGUUUGGGCCUCUUCAACAGAGAAUCAGUGUUGUUGGUUUCACUCUUGUACAGGUCCUCAUCUGUGUCCUUUGGUUAACGAUAUCCCCACCUUCCCCAUACAUGAAUAUGAGCUACAACAGAGAAAAGAUCAUCCUAGAAUGCAGAUUAGGCUCAGCUGUAAGUUUCUGGGCUGUGCUUGGUUAUAUUGGUUUUCUGGCCAUCUUGUGCUUCAUUUUGGCUUUUCUAGCUCGGAAGCUGCCUGAUAACUUUAAUGAAGCCAAAUUCAUCACAUUCAGCAUGCUCAUUUUCUGUGCUGUCUGGAUUGCCUUUAUCCCAGCUUACCUAAGCACACCUGGAAAAUUUACAGUAGCAGUCGAGAUAUUUGCAAUUUUAGCUUCCAGUUAUAGUUUACUAAUCUGUAUUUUCAUUACAAAAUGUUAUGUUAUCCUGCUAAGACCAGGUGAAAAUACAAAAAAGCAUUUACUAAAGGUCCCACACUAA